GGACACUCCAUGUUCCAACCCGUGGUGAUUCACCGCCUUGGACCGCCGGAGUCCGCGGAGUCAGCCAUGGCGAGUCCCAGUCCAGAGCCUCUCGUGACCGUGCAGAUGUGCAGUCCCAGUGGCGAGGUGCUGGCCGCUGAGAAUCUCCCAGUGCAAGGUCCAGCGGCAGAGGCCAUCCGCACGGCGCUGGCGGCCGCGAAGAAGCGCGCCAAAGGCGCCUUCGUGUUUCUGCUGGGCACCCAAGUCAUCGACGACCGCGUCUCCUUGGCGGACCUGGGGCUCGCAGCCAACACCCAAGUGGAAGUCACGGUCUUGGACAGCUUACGGCCCUGCUUCGAGUGGGGCUUCUAUGCCUCUGACGGUCGCAACUCCAUCGAUGCCUCCGAGCGAAUCUUCACGCGCGGCGACCUGGCGCACCACACGGAUGGCGUGCGCGCCAAAGCGCCGCUGCCGCGCGACGCGCGGUGCUACGUGACCUUUCGGAAGCUCGGCACCCACGCCUCACUGGGCGUGGGCACCGCCGGCUGCACGUUGGGCCGGAGUGACUAUCUCCACCUUUUCGGGCAGGAUGAACUCAGCUGGGCCCUGUGCUUUGGACGCGAAAACGGACAACUGGUCACUGCGAUGCACGCGGCACGCGUGGUGGAGGUGUCUCAAAUCCGCGAGGAGCAGGAGAAAGGCGCUUCCGCCACAUAUGAGAAGAAGAUGAUCCUGCCAGAGGAGGCCUUGAAUGGUUUUGAAUCCAUGAGCUUCAAUUUCAUGGUCACAGCUGCUGGUUCCAUGCAUGUGCGGCUCCCUGGCCACGAGGAGGACCUGGCGGUCGCCUUCGGCAUUCCGAAGGACGUGGAGAUCUUCGUGGUGGCCUCCACCGUGUUCGGCCAUGGUCGGAUCACCAUCUCCCCUGUGGACGACAAGGAUUCCUCAAGUCCAGGCGCUGCUUGGGACUCAAAGAUCUUCCCCACGGAGGCCGCUGAGGCCGAAGAAGAGCCCUGAAGCGUGGGUCGGUGACCUGCGGGACGCGAGCGGUCCUGCGACGGUCGCGCGGGUCGUUGACCUGCAGGUCGGGCAGCUGCAGAAAGUCCAGG